AUGGGGAGCGCCUAUACUUUUGGUGUCGCAUUGUUCGCGGCAAUCGGCACUUUUCUCUUCGGCUUUGAUACCGGAAUUGCCACAACUACAAUUGCUCACCAGAGCUGGGUCGACUACAUGAACCACCCCUCUGCCGGUCUCACCGGCGCCGUCGUCGCAGUGUACAUUGCCGGUGAAGCAGUCGGUGCCCUUACGCAGACUGCAGUGGCCGAUCGCAUGGGUCGCAUCCGCUUCAUGCAGAUGAUGUGCGUCGUCGUCACCAUUGGCACCGCCAUCCAAACCGGCGCCGUCAACAUUGGCAUGUUCCUCGCCGGUCGCGUGCUGGCCGGCUUCGCCGUCGGCGGCAUGGUGUCGACGGUCCCCAUCUACCUCAGCGAGAUAUCGCCGCCGCACCAGCGCGGCAUGAUUGGCGGCAUCUCGGGCUGCGGCAUCUCCUUUGGCACCAUGGUGUCCAACUGGGUCGGCUACGGCUGCUCCUUCAUGACCUACGGGCAGCGCCAGUGGCGGCUCCCGCUCGGCUUGCAGAUGCCAUGGGGCGUGCUCAUGUUUGCGGGACUGGCGACGUUUAUGCCCAAUUCGCCGCGACAGCUGAUUCGCCAGGGCCGCACCGAGGACGCGCGGCGCGAGUUUGGCAAGAUUCGGCGUGAACUUGUCCUGAAUGAGGCAGAAGAAGAGUUUAAUGCCAUGAUGAUGCAGAUUCGGUUCGAAAUGGAGCGUGAAGUGACCUCGUUCAAGGAAAUCUUUAGGCUCUUCCGUCGUCGUGCCCUCGUAUCAAUCGCGGUUCAAACUAUGACUUCUCUAACCGGUGUGAAUGUGAUCCAGUACUACCAGACGAUUCUAUACAAGGGCCUCGGAAUGAGCCCCUCCACCAUCCUCGCCCUGGCCGGUGUGUACGGCACCGUCACUUUCAUCUCCAAUUCAAUCACGACCAGGUACUUGACCGAUCAGUGGGGCCGCCGAAAGAUGAUUCUCGCCGGUCUUUCUGGUGUCAUUCUCGUCGAGAUUUACGCCGCCGUCAUGCAGCACGUGUUUCAGAACACGGACAACAAGGUCGGCAAAGGCUUCACAAUCCUGGGAAUAUACUUGUUUGCACUCAUCUAUUAUGGCAUGCUCAACAGCACCACAUGGCUCUAUGGUGCAGAGGUCCUCCCCAUUGCCCUGCGCAGCAAAAUAAUGGGCAUUGCCUCGGCGUCUCAUUUCAUCGUCAAUGUUGCCGUCACCGAGGCUGGUCCCACGGCAUUUGCGAAGAUCAAGGAAAAUUAUUACUACGUCUUUGUGUGCUGCACGACCUUUUUCCUCGUCAUUGCAUACUUUUUCUUUCCGGAAACACGCCAGCAAACGCUGGAAGAAAUUGCGGCUGCAUUCGGCGACGAAGUCAUUGAUGCAGACAACACCAAGACUGGCGGCUCUGGGCUCCAGGCCAAAGCUGAUGAUCUAGAGCAAAACACCACCUCAACUCAUCACCACGAAAUUAGGUAG